AAAUAAGCAAGAAUAAUGAGGGGAAUUUCCCAUCAUUUUUCUUCCUUACUUUCCCUCCGGAAAUGGGAGAAGUAAAAGUACUCGAUCGCGUCCCCAUUCCAAACUGAAUCUUGUAUCCUCACUUUCUCCUCACCUCAAAUUCUCUCAUCUUUCCCCUAACUUACCUCCUCCUUUCCCUUUGUUCCGCUAAAAGCCUCUUUGACGGUCUUCCUUUCGCCGUUGUAUCUUAUCCCUAUCAUGAGGGUUUGUGGUUAAUUCGAAAACUUUUUGUCGUUCCCCUGUCCACUUUUACGUCGCAACCCUUCCAAUUCCCCUUCUCUCCCCCACCCGAUUCUCCCCUUCGCAAUCUUUACUGGCACAACCCACAUCGGUUCUCUCUCCCUCUGAGGUUACGCUUUGUACGGCCGGUACAAGCUCUCUCUCACAUUCAUUUCCCUUGACAUUUUUUUCUUCACAUUCUUUCAAACAAAAAAAAAAAAAAAAGUUAAGCCAGCCCGGAUCCGGAUUUCUGAUCGGAUAGCCAAUCGGCGAGUUUAUUUCUUCUCCAAGCCAAAAAAAUUUAAAAUUUAAAAUUUAACCCCCAUCCCCUCACACAAAUUCGACCCCACACCACAAACCAUCCGUACCGCGGACUCCCCGUCGUAGUUUGUCCCCAUCGCUGGACGCUGUACUUUACUAUCAUAAGCUGCAACCAGCUGCAACAUACAACCACAGCAAUGGGAGCCGCAAACUCUCCCUCCCCCGCGCCUGUAGCCGUCCAAGACGCCGCCGCCGGUAACUCGGCCACGACAACCGCAUGUGCAUCUGCUACCGGGAACGACUCUGCGAUGGAUGCCUCUUCACAGCAGCCACAGCAGCCCCUGUUUAGUCCUGCUUCUGCUAAUGCAAACUCGAGCACCGGAAAGCGCAAGAGAAGCGGUUCACCUUCACCCUCCGCCUCCACCACCUCAACACAACACCCAUCGCCUACAAAGAAGAAACCCGACGACUCCAAAAAGUCCGCUGGCGAUUCCACCAUGAUCACGGUGGUAGAGGAUAGGGCGUCCCGGAGGUUGCUGUUUAUGGAGGCUACCAUGAGAGAUCUAUUGACCCUCCUGAAAUCACAUGAUCCUACUCCUUCCAUCCUUCGCCAUCCGAUCCCAAACAGUAUGCCUUCGCCCUCCGGAGCGCCUCCUAUCAAGCGCACCAAGAUUUCGCCUUCGUCGCCCAACACGCUAGCUGAGAAGCUGUUGCGGGUGACAUACACGUCGCUAACUACCCUGCUUUCCGAUAUCAGUGCUGUUUGUCGCGAAUUGCUAACUUCCGCUGAUAACGAACGGUCGAACGGUAUUCCCACCAAUGGCACCUCUAGCAUAGGUUCCUGCAGCGGGCUUCCCUUCGUGGCGCAAGUUAUUCACUUUGAGGAGUUGGCGAAACAAGUGAUCACGCGAGAGCGUGUACGUAGAGCCGAUUUGUUUGAUUUUGUUGAAGAGGCGUCUGGGGAUUCCGUCACCACAAAGCCCGUGGGAAGUAGAGGAAAAGUAGCAUUGACCGUCAUGGGACAGCACGGCCCAUUGUUUUCAUCGUUACAGAAUCCUGUCAACGCUCUACCUACGGGUGAUUCGGUACCUUCGUCAAGAUCCACUUCAGCAUCCGCAUCUCCCAAAUCCUCCAUCUCGACAGUUCCAACAUCGACUGCGACUUCUCCUAAAGCCGAGUUGUUGAAUGAGCGCCCUGUUUACACUCCACUAAAUGAAUCUCAUCUUCCUCCGCUUAUCUCCACAGUCAAAGCAAUUCCAUCAAACGGCCAAAUUCUGAGAGGUGGGAAAAGACUCCCAAGCAAGGAGGGAGCUAAGGUUUCAACUUUGGGUGAAGCAUUUCCUGCGCCUCGCGGGUUGCCACCGUUGCUUCCUCCAAAGCCGGGUCAGCCUAGUACAGUAGGACUGAAAUGGGGCGGAAAAAUUGGAGUUGGAGGUAUCAGGUUGGAAAAUCCGUUGAAUGAUAGACCCGAGGGCUGUGGUGACUGGCUCUCAUAUAAGAACAAUUUGCCUUCGAAUCAUCCGUUAGCCCGACAUGAACCGCCCCGGUCGAGAGCACCGUUGCCGGCAGAUCUUGUAGCCGCGUACAGUAGCUUUGCACCUUCUAGGGACGACUCUGGAUCGAAGAUUCCAGCUGCGGUUAGGAACCGGGUAUGGUGGGAUAGAGCCGGAAAGCAAAUUUUUGCCGAAGAAUUUGCCGAUGAUUUCUCUCUUCACCAGAUGCAUAGUCGGUCUGAUGAAAAGGCCGCUGUGGUUGAGGCUCAGACAGAAGAGAUGGACCUGGAUGAAGAAUUCCGGAAAGUGAUUGAUGAUUGGGAACCGGACAAGGAAAUACCUAUAGAUACCAGAUUGCUUAAUGGAAUAGAGGGAGCGGAGGCUAUUGUAGAUGGGAAGAAGAAAGCGGGUGAGGAGGGCAGAGCAGAUGUGGACACUGCAGGUACAGAAGGUGACCCGGAGAAAAUACUAUCGGAGAUAUCCAACUUGCUGCAAAGCUUGCGCAGCCAGCAGUAUACCCGCCUGUCCGCCCUUCCUGUUGGCCAGCCCUCCAAGCCUGGAACCGGAAAUGCACCGGUGCUCGGUACACCCUUAGCGCCCGACGAGGAAGAGAUCGGGUUGUACAAUAUCAUUCGGGAUAGGUUAAUUCGACUCAUAUCCAAGCUCCCACCCCACCUGGUAACAACCAUCGACGGUGACCGCAGCAGUGACCUUACCCUUAGCAGCAAACUCCCCGUUCUCGGCGGGCCCAUCUUCAAGGGCACUCUCCCCGCCGAUGAAUCCCACCCACCAAAACUCUCGACCCCGCAAGUCCAAGGCGCGGCAAUGGCCGCAAUGAACGCAGCUGCUGGUCUCUCUCCCGUCAAUAGCGCACCCGUGGCACACAUGUCCCCGGCUCGCAGUCAGCACCAUCACCACCACCACACCCCAAACACCUCCCGUCCAAUGUCUACCCUACCAAACAUCAGCGUGGACGCCCAAUACCACGGACACCAGAUGCCCCACUAUCACGGGCACACAAUCCCCAGCGUAACAACUCCACACCACUACCCAUCCCCAUACGCCCCCGCCCCAUCACCAAUCCCCACACCAACCCCACAGGGGCAAUACCAACCUCCGCCCCCACGCAUCGUCAGCCCCCUCAAUCACCGCCAACCUGCCCCCCAACAGCAAUUCCAUGGACACAGCUUACCUGCGCAGACAUACCAGAACCCCCCCCCCGCGUACCAGGCCCAACCACACUCGCGGCGCACUGGGGUCCCACCUCCACAAGGACUUGCGGCAGUGGGGGUUGGCUAUAGCUCGCCUACGUACAACAACGCUGGGUUGCGUAUGGGUGUACAACAUACCCAGCAGAGUAUGGGCCCCGGAGCCAUGUCUGGGGGGAGGUAUGCUGGCAGACGGAGGUAGAAAUUCUAUUGUCUUUCUCUUUUCCCCUCCAAUUUCUAGUUUUCUCUGAAACGGAAAACAAAAAGAUAAAGGCUUGGGUUUAUUCUUGCUUUGUCUAUUUUUUCUCUUCAUCUCUUUUCUUCACCCGGA